CAGAUUAUGAUAAGGUAAGAAAGAAAUGAAUGGUGACCGCUGGGCUACAGCAAUUCAGGACCAAGGACAGCACCAUGGUCUCAUUUUGUAUUUUUUACUACCGAAUGAAUUAAAAGUUUGGUUUAAAACUGUUUGGUUAAUACACGUUUGGUCAAAGUAUAAUAUAAAUGAUUCAUGUACGUUAUCAAACGUGCAUGUCUUAUAAAUUAGUACGUUUACCGUUCCAUUGAAGAAAUGACGGUAUGAAAAUGGAUGCCAUGUAAAAUAUGCAUACAUUUUUAUCUUUAAUCCUACCUGUUACUAUACCUCAGCAAACCCACAAAAACGACGUGAAUCUAGAGGAGCAUCAUUUGUACUGCAUCACUAAAGUAGGCUUAGGCAGGCGCAGAAUGAUGACGACCCAUCUGACUAGACAGCAAUCUGUCCAAUGAGCGCGCCGAACUUCGAUUUUGGAAAUAGUUGUGGGUGUCCAUUUCAGUGAUAAAAUCUGAAUCUCAGGUUACAAUGUAUCGAUACAGAUAUAGCUGACAGUCAAGACGAGAUCGACAUCGAUCGAUAACGCGAACCACCGACCAAUCCGUGCUGCAUGGAGCUAAACUGCAUCCUAUUUUUGCUUUGGAAUUGAAAACAAUAACAUUGCAUUUGCUCUUCAUGGCUUCACGAUGCACAGGCCCGCAAAUACUGACAAAAAUGGUUCAGAAAGGCGAUGAAAUUGUUGAUGGAGACCUAAUCUGAAUAUGCAAUACAAGACAGCACACCACUCAUUCAGCAUUACAUGACAUGGAUAAAUAUAAGUCGUCGGAACGCUGUAUUUCUACCGUGUUGAAACGCACAAAUGCAUCUUGCAUGCUUCCUUUAUAAGCUAAGAAAAUGGCACUGAUUUUAAUUGGAGGCUCGUAAUUAAUCGCACCUGUUUUGGGAAUACCGCUGGCGUUGCACGCGUCCUGCGCAAUGGCCGCGCCGAGGCGAAUUCAACUGACCGCACUUUCCAGCAACGCACACUUCCCUCUUCCCUCCAUUCCUCCUGUUUCUGAUGAGCAACAUGACAAACUGGGUUUACCGGUUCCCGCGUCUGGACCGAAACCAUGUCCACCAGCUGCCACGAGACUGGAGUUAAAACUGUUCGAGCCGGACGAGCAGCGCUGCCCGGAGUUCAUCUACCCGGAUCUGAUUAACUCCAAGGAAACAACCGAGAAUAAAUCACAGACGUUAGAUGAGGCGGUGGAAGAUAGAGAGAGAGAUGAACUGGAGGCACUUGCAAGAAAGUUUGAAGAGAAAUAUGGUGAAGCUUGCAAAAAGAAAAAAGACCGAUUCCAGGACCUGGUGGACAUAGGUUUUGGUUACGACGAAAAUGAUUCAUUCAUCGAUAACUCGGAGGCUUACGAUGAGCUGGUUCCAGCUUCUCUCACCACCAAAUAUGGCGGUUUCUACAUCAACUCUGGAACUCUGCAGUUCCGCCCAGCCUCUGAUGUGGGCGAGGAGAUUGAGACAAGUGAAUUUGAGGACAAUGUCAAGCCCAAGAAACGGAAGUUUAAGCAUGGAAAAGACAAGAAGAUUGGUAAGAAAAAGAGAGAUGACAUGCUGGAAGUGAACGAAGAAGAGGAUGUUAGGAAGAGCGCCCAGCGAGACGAGCCACCAGAGAAGAUCAAGAAGAAAAGCAAGAAGCCUCUGAGUAUCGAUAAGAUGCUGAAGAAGUUCCAUAAGGAAAAGCUUCAGCAACUCCAGAUGCUCGAUACUCGAGAGAGAGAGUCCAUCAUGCAAACCGAGGUUCACGAAACGCCUUUAUCAGCUGAUCCUCUUCUCACACUCAUUGGUUCUGCCAGUGCGGAUGAACUCCUACAAGCGGUGAAGGCAGCUGAGCAAGACUUUGACUUAGACGGGCUCCUGGGGGAACCGCCGAACAUCUGCUCUCCGAGCCAUGAGGAAAAGGAAGAGGUACUGCCGGUCAUCACGAAGCCUCCCGCUUCGCUUCCCGAAGGUUUACCUUUGACGCUGGAGCAACGCAUUCAAGAACUCACUCAGGCUAUCAUGAAUGUUGAAGGACAAAAUAAGAUUGAGAUCUUGUCUUCUGAGCUCAACAGUGUUUUACUAGACGUGGAAGUGAGCGCUAAACAGCUUACCGGCAAAGUACGCUCCAGGAUUUUCUCCUACUUGGCAUCACAGCUGUCUUGCAGCAAAGGAACGCUGGUUAAAAGAGCGAAAAAGCUAUACAAUCUACAACAGGAUGAACAGAUGAAGGAGCUCCUGCAAAAGCUGGAAAAUGCGGUUGCCAGAUCGAUGCCUGAACAAAUCGCCCGUUUCCAGAACCACUGCCAAGCUCAUUCUGAAGCCAGAGCUGCAAAGCUCGAGGCUGAGAAGGAGCGAGAGCAACGUGCGGUCGAUGGCUCUGAUGAGGAAGAAGAGGAGAGGAGUGGAAAACGGGUGUUCGGACCUCGAAAGAGAUUUAGGUGGAAUGAAGAAAUCAGGGAGUUGCUCUGUGAGAUUGUUACUUUGAAGAUGAUUAUGUAUGACCUGGAAUCACCAGCAUGUUCCAGUUUGGAGGAGUAUCUCAAAACGUUCCUGGAGGGGGAUGUUAAACCCCUUUGGCCUAGAGGAUGGAUGCAGUCCAGGAUUCUGCUUAUAGAAACCCGAAAAACACACGGUCACAUUACUGGUGUGGUAGCAAGGAAGAAACCAAUUGGCACAACGAAACUUAAAAAGGCCAGUGCCGUCACCGAGGACAAUAAGAACGGUCUGGAUAUUCAGUGUCCGCCAGCUUUGAAACGCAAGCGUUUGAGUGUCCCCGUGAGCACCCAGCAUGAAGUUGCAGCCACGCUGAGCACCACCGCCAAAACUCCAUCAAACACACAAACCAGCUUCUCCAUUCAUCCAGCUAAUCAGACACACAGGGAAGGGCCAGUAGGUGGUAAUCUCCCUGCUACUGUUAAUACCAAGCCGGACGACCACCAUAAUGGAGUUGGAUCGGUUCAGAUGAUGUGGAACAGAGUUGGUGUGGAAUCGGAUUCAAAGCGAUUCCAGGCUGGAGAAAAGGCGACCCCGAAGCUGACGUUGGUGGCGCCCCCUGAUGGUGCUCAGGGCCACUGCCCAUCAGUGAUGCAGGGUGUUGCCAGACUUCUUACUACCACCUCAAUGGGUGAUGCACCUGUAUCCAUGGCAGCAGCUGCUGGUGAGGUCUCACGUGGGAAUCCAGCUCUUCCCACACCUUCACUGUCCCUACUUCCAUCCACGUACCCCACCACAGCACAGCAUCAACAGGGCAUCUUACCAAGCUUUGCGCCCUUGCAUGCUCUCCCGUUUCCUGGACUAAGCCCUGGCACCAAGCUUCCUGGGCAACAUCAAGGCUGCAAAGGUGCGGUUAUACCCGGUCCAGCACCUGGAAACUUCCAGCAUGGUCUCACACACGGUAACUCCAUGCUGUGCUCAAGCACUCUUCAUCUCGUGUCUGUCCCUGUUUCCUCUCCUGCUCUUCAUUCUUUAACACCAUGGCUGUUUGGUUUAGAUGGAAGCCAGAUCCACGCAGAUGGGCUCAACGCUCGCCGAAAACUACAUUAAUAGCCAUUACAGUGAGAUGGAAGACAAGAGUGACCUCAAGCAAAACUCAUGAGUUUGUACAGCUGGAGCGCAGAUGAUUGAAAUGGUGUGUCGAAGAUUUACAUUACAAUUGACCGAGCAAAUUGUGGCUACAUCUAUACCUUUAGUUUGGACACUUUAAGAAUCAAAACUCCUAAAAAAGUGAGUAAGAAGAAUGCACUGAUCAAGCAAAUUGUGAAUGGUGUUUUUGUUUAAGAUUAUAAUUUGAUUCAUGAUCAGCCAUGUGGCCUCAGUACAGGCCUUUGCACUUAUUGAAUGCACUCACUU